AUGUCUGAGAAGUUUGUUCAUGCUGUUUUGAAUCAUGGUGAACAUUCUUCUGCGUUUCGUGUUAAUAUUUUUAUCACCGUUGAUGAAUUGAAGCAUUUUGCAUUUGCUCUUGUUAUUCAGAUGAACAAUGAAGAUUUCUAUUUGAAUGUUGAUGUGAUUCCGAAGCAUACUGGUUGUAGCACUAGUUCAAGGUCUUUUUCUCGUUCUAAUUCUGGUUGUAGCAGUAGUUCUGGCGCUAGUACUUCAAACUCUUGUGUAAUUGAAAGUCCUAAGCUUGUAAGGGUGGUCGAUCAUGAAGCGGACAAGGCCAAGCCUCUCAUUAUCGAUGAAUGGCUUUAUGUUUUUGACAAUAUUGGUAGAGAAUUUGUGGGUGGUGUUAAAGCUGUAAGGAUUGUUGUUGAUCAGUACAAGAUGUGUACUGAUUAUAAGAUUCUUAUUCUUAAAAACGACAAGACUCGUUUUACUGCGAAGUGCGAAGAAGAUGGUUAUGGUUGGAGGAUUCACUUUGGGCCUGUGAAUGGUGACAUUUCUCGGUUUGUGCUGAAAGAUUCUAACGUUAUUCACAGUAUACAGGGUGAUCCCAUUUUAAAACCCAAACAUAUCAUGUCACUACUUAAGAAGACUUAUGGGUCCAAUAUUAAGUAUCACCAUGCCCGUAGAGGGAAAGAAGCUGUAUUUGAAGAUCAAUAUGGUGACGACGAGAAGUCGUAUAGCGAUUUAAAUUGGUAUGUGAAAGCCAUUGAGCAAACUAGUCCUGAUAGCUUUGUGAAACUUGAAGUUGAUGAAGAAACUGGAAGAUUUAAGCGGAUUUUCAUCUGUUUCGGUGCUUGCAAGCAUAGCUAUAAGUAUCUCAGGCCCAUGAUUUACUUGGACGCUACUUUCCUCAUUGGUAGAUUCAGGGGUACUUUGAUGGCUGCAACAUGUGUCAAUGGAAAUGAUGUGGUCGAUGAUCGUCCGAUUGAUUUCUUUAGUGAUCGUCACGAAGGACUUCUGCAGGGCAUUCCAAGAGCAUUUCCUGGUUCAUAUCACAGCUAUUGCUUUUACCACAUCAAGUGCAAUCUCCCUAUUGUAAAAGGUGAUGCGAAUUACAAUGCCGUUAUUGACUUGUUUUACAAAGCUGCUUACUCUUACACAACAUCGAACUUUGAAGAAGCUUUGCGGGGCAUGCAUGCAAUUGGUUGUGGACAUGUUGCUAAUUAUCUCAGGACCAUUCCGAAGGAGAAAUGGGCAAAUGCAUUUUUCCCUGUAUGCAGAUAUGCUUCUCGCUCUUCAUCUAUUGCCGAGUCAUUGAAUAACUGGAUUCUUGAGUUCAAAAAGCUGCCUGCUUUUGAUCUUCUCGAUGCGAUACAUUUGAAGGUUAUGCAGAUGAAUUCUAAGAUAAGGGUAGAAGGUCUUGAAAAUUUUAAUACUAGGCUCACUCCCGUAUACGAGGAUUUACUAAACGAGAACAUCAACAUUGGUCGUACUUGGACUGUUGUUGAGUCUAUGGAAAGAUUGUAUGAAGUCAGGUCUCCCCGCACUCAUUCUGUAGAUCUGUUGGAGAGAACUUGGAAGACAUCUAUUCAUUUGUGGAGCCAUACUUCAACUACUGAAUGGUACAACUGGACAUACCAAGAGAUCAUCUUUCCAAUCCCCAAUUAUGACAAGCCGCAGUCUUAUGAUCCUAGUGAUAGGAUUAUUGUUCCUAUUACUGUGCCUCCACCCGGUAGACGAAUAAAACAGCGUUUCAAGAAGGCUUGGGAGAAGCAAAAGAGGCCUAUGAUUUACACAAAGUGCUUCACUCUUGGUCACCACAAUAGAGCUACCUGUCCCAUGCCUUGA